CAGCCCGCAGAACUCAGAAGUCGCGAAUCGCCGACAGGUGCGAUGGUACCGUGCACGCUGCUCCUGCUGUUGGCGGCCGCCCUGGCUCCGACUCAGACCCGCGCGGCCCGCGCAGCCGCCCGGGGUCUGGUGAGGUGGUCCGGGUCUCACCGCGCGCCGCCCCCAGGCCCACACUCGCUGAGGUAUUUCGUCACCGCCGUGUCCCGGCCCGGCCUCGGGGAGCCCCGGUACAUGGAAGUCGGCUACGUGGACGACACGGAGUUCGUGCGCUUCGACAGCGACGCGGAGAAUCCGAGAUAUGAGCCGCGGGCGCGGUGGAUGGAGCAGGAGGGGCCCGAGUAUUGGGAGCGGGAGACACAGAAAGCCAAGGGCAAUGAGCAGAGUUUCCGAGUGGACCUGAGGACCCUGCUCGGCUACUACAACCAGAGCAAGGGCGGCUCUCACACUAUUCAGGUGAUCUCUGGCUGUGAAGUGGGGUCCGACGGGCGACUCCUCCGCGGGUACCAGCAGUACGCCUACGACGGCUGCGAUUACAUCGCCCUGAACGAAGACCUGAAAACGUGGACGGCGGCGGACAUGGCGGCGCUGAUCACCAAACACAAGUGGGAGCAGGCUGGUGAAGCAGAGAGACUCAGGGCCUACCUGGAGGGCACGUGCGUGGAGUGGCUCCGCAGAUACCUGAAGAACGGGAACGCGACGCUGCUGCGCACAGAUUCCCCAAAGGCCCAUGUGACCCAUCACAGCAGACCUGAAGAUAAAGUCACCCUGAGGUGCUGGGCCCUGGGCUUCUACCCUGCUGACAUCACCCUGACCUGGCAGUUGAAUGGGGAGGAGCUGAUCCAGGACAUGGAGCUUGUGGAGACCAGGCCUGCAGGGGAUGGAACCUUCCAGAAGUGGGCAUCUGUGGUGGUGCCUCUUGGGAAGGAGCAGUAUUACACAUGCCAUGUGUACCAUCAGGGGCUGCCUGAGCCCCUCACCCUGAGAUGGGAGCCUCCUCCAUCCACUGUCUCCAACAUGGCGACCGUUGCUGUUCUGGUUGUCCUUGGAGCUGCAAUAGUCACUGGAGCUGUGGUGGCUUUUGUGAUGAAGAUGAGAAGGAGAAACACAGGUAGGAAAGGGCAGAGUCUGAGUUUUCUCUCAGCCUCCUUUAGAGUGUGCUCUGCUCAUCAAUGGGGAACACAGGCACACCCCACAUUGCUACUGUCUCUAACUGGGUCUGCUGUCAGUUCUGGGAACUUCCUAGUGUCAAGAUCUUCCUGGAACUCUCACAGCUUUUCUUCUCACAGGUGGAAAAGGAGGGGACUAUGCUCUGGCUCCAGGUUAGUGUGGGGACAGAGUUGUCCUGGGGACAUUGGAGUGAAGUUGGAGAUGAUGGGAGCUCUGGGAAUCCAUAAUAGCUCCUCCAGAGAAAUCUUCUAGGUGCCUGAGUUGUGCCAUGAAAUGAAUAUGUACAUGUACAUAUGCAUAUACAUUUGUUUUGUUUUACCCUAGGCUCCCAGACCUCUGAUCUGUCUCUCCCAGAUUGUAAAGGUGACACUCUAGGGUCUGAUUGGGGAGGGGCAAUGUGGACAUGAUUGGGUUUCAGGAACUCCCAGAAUCCCCUGUGAGUGAGUGAUGGGUUGUUCGAAUGUUGUCUUCACAGUGAUGGUUCAUGACCCUCAUUCUCUAGCGUGAAGACAGCUGCCUGGAGUGGACUUGGUGACAGACAAUGUCUUCUCAUAUCUCCUGUGACAUCCAGAGCCCUCAGUUCUCUUUAGUCAAGUGUCUGAUGUUCCCUGUGAGCCUAUGGACUCAAUGUGAAGAACUGUGGAGCCCAGUCCACCCCUCUACACCAGGACCCUGUCCCUGCACUGCUCUGUCUUCCCUUCCACAGCCAACCUUGCUGGUUCAGCCAAACACUGAGGGACAUCUGUAGCCUGUCAGCUCCAUGCUACCCUGACCUGCAACUCCUCACUUCCACACUGAGAAUAAUAAUUUGAAUGUAACCUUGAUUGUUAUCAUCUUGACCUAGGGCUGAUUUCUUGUUAAUUUCAUGGAUUGAGAAUGCUUAGAGGUUUUGUUUGUUUGUUUGAUUGAUUUGUUUUUUUGAAGAAAUAAAUGAUAGAUGAAUAAACUUCCAGAAUCUGGGUCACUA